UAAUGUUGCUGCUCCUGGAGUUCGUUAGUAUUUUGUUUCACUUUCGUGUUGUGUGUUUGUUGUGUUUAUAGUUUUGUGUUGCUUCAUUAGGAAAGCGACGACUUGUCAAUAUACUUUUUGAGUUUAGUUACCUUUAAUUAAGAAAGAUGCAAGAGCAAGAUCAAGCUGUGUACAUUCUCAAAUUGAAUAAAGCUUCUACGAACACGUAUUCAUUUGAUUCACAAAACAGGAAGCGGUUGCAAGAAAACUGUGAGCCACAGGUAACACACAUGCUGUGCAAACGUAUCAAGUUGGAACAGGGAGAGGGAGAAUCCUCAAAUUAUGAAGAUAAUGAACCAAUGGAGUGUUUGGUUGCGGAACUACCUGAUGUUUGUACAGAAACUGCAGCUGAGGAAUUAGUUGGAGUGGAGGAAGAAGUAGUUCUAGAACAAGAAGAAGAGAUUGUUCCUGAAGUUGGAAUCUCUGAAGGGCAGAUUGAUAUAGAUGAUGAUGACAUCCUCGUGCAACAUAUGGAUAUACGAGAACCCUUGUCCAAGCUUCGUUCCCUACUGGAACAAAGGCUAAAUACUUCACUCACAGAAUAUAGCUUCUGGCUGCAAGAUGCCCAAACGCUCGAGAGUCACAAGAACUUGGUUGAUCAAUGUGUACAGGGUGAAGGACUAGUCCAAAUUAAUGUGCAAAUAAAAAUUGAUGGAGACAUUAGGAAAAUAAACAUUGUUGAUGUGCUGAAACCAGCUGAGGAUAUCGAGCUGGGUGACGAAAUUCAGGAAGAUGAAGAGGAAGAAGAACAGCAACAGCAGAAACCUCAAAACGUUAUUCGAUGGGUAGUUGAUAGCAAUUAUAAACGGGAACAAGAAAAACUGAAAAUACCCACAGAUCCAGCAGAAUGGUCAGUGACACAUGUGCGACACUGGCUUACUUGGGCAGUGCGUACAUUCAACCUGGCAGGUCUGCGGCUUAUGGACUGGGCCAUUACAGGAAAGCAGCUCCUGGCCCUCACACCCACUGAGUUCCACCGUAAAGUGCCCUCCGACCCAGGAGGUAUAUUUUGGACCCAUCUUGAGCUUCUGCGAAAGACAAAAAUGGUUGUGGUCAUGCAGAAAUCUCAGUCAGAUCCCUCAUCGCCCUCUGUCACACCACCUCCAGUUAUUGCCCGAGGCAGACCAACUCGCAUUCAGCAGAGACUUGGAAAAUUGCCACGUGUUGUCGGUCUCCCACUUAGUGUUGUUGAAGCCAGUGGAACACUCAUAGGAUGUGGGAAUCGUACAGGCAAUAAUGGCCAGAUACAACUCUGGCAAUUCCUUCUGGAACUUCUGACUGACAAGGAGCAUGUUGAAGUGAUCCAGUGGGAAGGGACAGAGGGUGAAUUUAAACUUACUAAUCCAGAAAUGGUUGCCCAGCUGUGGGGAGAGCGAAAGAACAAGCCAACAAUGAACUACGAGAAACUUUCUCGUGCCCUCCGUUAUUAUUAUGAUGGUGAUAUGAUUGCCAAAGUGCAUGGGAAACGUUUUGUGUACAAGUUUGUAUGUGACCUGAAGAAAUUACUUGGUUAUAGUGCCCGUGAACUGCAUAAAUUGGUCACAGAGUGUGCAAAUGCUCAUGCUCAGGCUCGUUUAGAGUCUAAUUUUUCAAGCUGAGCUGUAAAUAAAAAUGCCAUACUGUAAAAAGUAUAAAUAUGCAUAAAAAUGUUAAAUUUUUAUGUUCCAUGA